GAGGGGGAGAUCUUCCAGCUGCCAGGCGGGCUGAGAAUCCAGCCCUCACUGUGGAGCAAGGACGACGUGAUCCACUGGCUGAGAUGGGCUGAGAAAGAGUAUUCCCUUCGGCCAACUGACGAAAGCAAGUUUGAAAUGAACGGCAGAGCCCUGUGCAUCCUCACCAAGGAUGACUUCAGAUACCGAGCUCCGAGCUCAGGCGAUGUGUUGUAUGAAAUACUCCAGUACAUUAAGACUCAAAGAAGAGCUCUGGUGUGCAGCCCUUUGCUGAGCUCUCCCUGCAGGGAAGCCAGGAGCACGGAGGAGGGGCUUUGGAAGAUCUCCUGGGACCUGCCAUCCUGUGCCGCAAGUGGGCUUAUCUAUUUAUUAAGGUAUUUGUUUCUUAUUUCAGAGACAGACUGCAGCGCUGAGGCUGCCCCAGUUGCUGUUUCAUCCUACCUGGGUUGUGCAGAACAGCCCGUGUCCCGCGGCCACACGGAGCCCCUGAACCUCUCCCACUGCAGCACAGAGAGCAGCUCCGGGGCGGACACCAUCUGCUCUUUCCCCGCAGCCCUGUCGGCCCCAGCAGAUGGGAAAAUUGCAGACUGCAGGUUGCUCUGGGAUUAUGUGUACCAGCUCCUCUCCGACAGCCGCUACGAGCCUUACAUCAAGUGGGAAGAUAAGGAAGCCAAGGUCUUCCGGGUCGUUAACCCAAACGGACUUGCCCAGCUCUGGGGGAACCAUAAGAACCGGGUGAACAUGACGUACGAGAAGAUGUCACGAGCCCUCAGGCAUUACUACAAACUCAACAUCAUCAAAAAGGAGCCGGGGCAGAAGCUGUUGUUCAGGUUUUUGAAGACUCCUGGGGAGAUCAUCCACGAGAAAGCCAGCAAGCUGGAGCAGCUGGAGAAUGAGGACCAUGAAGAUGUGAAAGAAGACGCACUGGAGGUUUCACUGUAGGAAAUCUUUGAAGGUGACACUUGCAGUACAUUGCAGACAGGCUUGUGCUCUGCUGGGAAGUGCUGGCAUACUUGCAUCUUGGACACGGAGCUGGUCCUGGAUUUCAAAACCUGCCUUGAGCCAAAGCUGUGA